CUCUACAUACCUGGAGGGAGAGUUCUGGUCGGCAGUCGGACACAGUCUGAGAAGAAGAUGUGGAUUUGCUGCAACCUCCUCAUCCUGUUCCUGUUUCUGGAGAGGGGUCAUCAAGCUGCGGACAUGGUGCCCGGUAACCAGGAUAAUAUCAUUAUGUGCAUAGAUACCUGUUACCCACACGACUGCUCGGAUGUGUAUGCCCAGGGUCUGACCACAGAUGGGGUGUACAUGAUAUACCCAGAAGGAAGGUACUCCACUGCCGUACCUGUGUACUGUGACAUGACCAGUAAGGGGGGACCAUGGACGGUGUUCCAGAAGAGGUUUAAUGGAAGUGUGAGUUUUUACCGUGGUUGGAAGGACUAUAAAUAUGGAUUUGGCCGAGCAGAUGGAGAGUACUGGCUGGGUCUGAAGAGCAUUCACCUUCUCACCCAAAAGAGGUCCUACCGUCUUCAAAUCAACCUGGAGGAUUUUGACAACGAUGCCCGUUUUGUGACUUAUGAUACCUUCUCCAUCUCUCCUCUGGCCGUGUCUCCUGAGGAAGACGGCUAUAAACUGCACAUCGCUGGAUUUCAGGAGGGGGAUAAAAACAGGCCUAUUCAAGACUGUCUAGACUCUCAGAACGGGAUGAAUUUCUCCACUUAUGACAAUGACAGAGACACAACUGCAGCAAACUGUGCAGAGAUAUUUAAAGGAGCUUCCUGGUACAAGAAUUGCCACAGCUCCAACCUCAACGGCUUAUACCUGAGAGGCACCACCACCCAGUAUGCCACCGGCAUGACAUGGGCCGGCUUCAGAGGGCAAUUCUACUCUCUCAUGAAGAGUGAGAUGAAGAUUGCAGUGAAGAAAGAAGAGAUGGUGCAGUAGAUCCCACAUAUGGCAUCAUAAGCAUUACCACGCUGCUCAAUGAAAGACAAAGCAGCCCCACCUUUCUGUUCUUCAUUUCUUUUACUGCUGCCACCGCUCUGACCAAGAGGCCGGGGAAUCUCCAUCUUCCAAUGGGGAUCCUGGUAUCGGUUUCCCCCAAAACAGAGGCGACACCCCUACCCGGCCCCAAAUGUAUAAUCUACUGACGUCUUCAGCUGUAGUGCAUCGAAUGACGCAGGACCCAUACUGCACAAUGGCACCUAGCGCUAUGGUGGUCAUUCCGAGUUGAUCGCUCGCUAGCUGUUUUUAGCAGCCGUGCAAAUGCUAUGCCGCCUCCCACUGGGAGUGUAUUUUAGCUUAGCAGAAGUGCGAACAAAAGUAUCACAGAGCGGCUACAAAGUUUUUUUUGUGCAGUUUCAGAGUAGCUCUAAAUCUACUCCGCGCUUGCAAUCACUUCAGACUGUUCAGUUCCUGUUUUGACAUCACAAACACGCCCUGCGUUCACCCAGCUACGCCUGCAUUUUUCCUGGCACGCCUGCGUUUUUCCGAAAACUCCCUGAAAACGGUCAGUUGACACCCAGAAACGCCCACUUCAUGUCAAUCACUCUGCGUCCAGCAGUGCGACUGAAAUGCUUCGCUAGACCCUGUGUGAAACGACAUCGUUCGUUGUGCCCGUACGACGCGCGUGUGCAUUGCGCUACAUACGCAUGCGUAGAACUGCCAUUUUAUAGCCUGAUUGCUGCGCUGCCAACAAAUGCAGCUAGCGAUCAACUCCGAAUGACCACCAUUGUGCGUUAGAGCUGACAGGAUCUGAAUUAGAGCCUUUUACAUCUUACUCUGCGCUCACUCAAUAUCUUUAUGUAUAAUGGCAUAAG